GCGAACCGACUGAGACGCCCUUCGGUCGACGCGAGCGUCCGUACAUGGUGGUGAUCGUGUGUUGCGCCAAUGGAUGGGUGUAUUCUGUUCGCCGUGAUCGUUUAGGAGUGGCUGCUCCAUUGCAACUUUGACUUUUAUCCGAGCGUUCGCUCGUGCUAUACACACCGUAGUGCCAAGGAUUAAAAUCUCGAUGCGGCGAAAACGGAACGGAUCGGCAAUGCGUCACCCCGGGAAACUGUCGGAACUUCGUCGUUCCAGGAUCAUUAUGGGCUAGCUCGGCGCCGCGUGGAUUCAACCGAUUCCUCCACGAGAGGGAGUUCUGAAGCUUCGUGAUGUUCUUCCUGAAAGGCUCAUGGUUCCGAAGAGCCCGUAAACUCCCGGCGCUCAUCGGAGCGUCAAUACUCAUGUCCUGUCUACUUUUAUUCGGACCGUCGUCGUUCUCGGCACCAAACGCUCCAGAUGAACUCCAGUGGUUACGCAACGACGACCACCAGAAGGAAUACAUCGACAAGAAAGGAAUUCAUGUCAUCGUCGGGCAUUACAUGGGGAAAGACUUACCUUGGGACCCCAAGGAAAACAUCACGGAAGCCGUAUUGAAUGCGAACAGCUAUAACCCUCUGGAAGGUGCCGGUAACAUGGGACAGCCUGUUUAUCCGCUUCCAUCAGAAGUAGUCCGAUCGAAAAUGCUCUACUCUAUCAACAGGUUCAAUCUCUUGGUGUCGGACAAGAUCUCAGUAGACAGGACCCUAGCGGACGCGAGAAAAUCUGUGUGUCGUAACAUCAGCUACGCCUACGACUUACCGGACACUUCAGUGAUCAUAGUGUUCCAUAACGAAGCGUGGUCGACGCUGCUGCGUACGGUCCACUCCGUGAUUAACAGAUCACCGCGUGAUCUGGUCAAGGAAAUCAUGCUGGUAGACGAUGCGAGUGACAGAGAGUUUCUCAAACGAAGCCUGGACGCUUACGUGCGCUCACUGAAUUUUCCGAUCAAAGUCAUUCGAUCGCCGAAGCGCAGCGGACUAAUUAGAGCCCGACUGAUGGGAGCCCGAGCUGCUGAGGGAAAAGUUUUGACGUUCCUGGACGCGCACUGUGAAUGCACGACCGGCUGGCUGGAACCGCUCCUGCAACGGAUUAAAGAAGACAGAACCCGAGUCGUUUGUCCGAUCAUCGAUAUUAUCCACGACGACACCUUCGCCUACGUCAAGAGCUUCGAGCUCCAUUGGGGUGCCAUCAACUGGGAAAUGCAUUUCAGAUGGUACCCGGUCGGUCCUCACGUCUUGAAACAACGACAUGGCGAUCCCUCGGAACCAUUCAAAACCCCUGUGAUGGCGGGAGGCUUAUUCUCGAUCGACAAGGAAUAUUUCUACGAGAUGGGCGCUUACGAUGAGCAGAUGGAUAUAUGGGGCGGCGAAAACGUCGAAAUGUCCUUCCGGAUAUGGCAAUGCGGCGGAUCUCUCGAGAUCGUCCCUUGCUCGCACGUCGGUCAUGUCUUUCGACGUUCCUCUCCGUACACCUUCCCUCACCCGAAAGGAGUCGGAGGCAUACUCUUCUCUAAUUUAGCUCGCGUAGCCGAAGUAUGGAUGGACGACUGGGCUGAAUUCUACUUCAACAUGAACACGGAAGCGAAGAAAUUGCGCUCCACAAUGGAUGUCGCCAAAAGAAAAGCUUUAAGAGACAGAUUGCAUUGCAAGCCAUUCUCGUGGUACUUGACCAACGUUUGGCCAGAAAAUUUCUUCCCCAGCGAGAAUCGAUUCUUCGGAAAGAUCCGUAAUCGAGCUGCGGAAAAAUGCUUCGGCCGACCCGUUUCGAAAAGUUACCAUCAACCAAUCGGGAAAGUGAAGCUCGAAGAUUGUGCGGUGACUCAUUACGCGCGACAGUAUUUCGUAAUGACCGGAGAAGGAUAUCUGAUGACGGAUGAAUCGGUUUGUCUCGAUUCGCCCGAGGGCUACGAAGAUACCAAUGUCGUGAUGAUUGCCUGCCAGGGGAUUCAACGGCAGAAGUGGAGAUUCGAUGUCAAGACGGGGGCGAUCAUGCAUCUAUCGAGUCGGCUGUGUUUGGAUCUGCCGUCGAAAUCGAGUCCUGACGGUCUGACUCUUCAGAAAUGCUCACCCAAGAAAACUCAGCGCUGGAUCAUGGAGAAAGCCGGCUGGAAUCGAGCCGUGUGAGUCGGGAUUCAUGGGGAGCCCGGUGUGAGAUUCGUCGUACGCGGCUUU